GAAAAAUGGCCAGCUUCCCUCGGAUUAACAUUGAGCUACAUAGUCCUAUUAAGAUUAGAAGUCUUUCCAAGAUGGCCGAUAUUGAAGAAAAUAGCUCAGGGCCACCAAGACCAGAACGAUUAAAUUCAUGCGAGCACAUUGAAGAUAGUAUAAUCAUACCGAAAAUUCCAAAAAUAAUAUCACCAACUCUAGACUCUGUUCCAUCCUUUCCUGAUGGCCAAGAAUCACAGGAAAGUGAGUCUUUCACAAUGAUUACGCAUGAUGAUGCCUUUAUCCCAUCGCCAGAUGGAAUUUCAUCAUCGGAGAAAAUUAUUAGCUUUACUACCACGACGAGGACGACAACCACAACUAGUGAAUUCCAAGAAGAUAUGCAAUCUCAAAUGGCCAGUAGUGCAAUUGACAAUAAAGACUACGAUGCUGAAAACACUCCUAAUAUGGACAGCCUUCGAGAUGUGGUCACAAGUAUUCUCCUAGGUGUUGGUAGUAAAGAUGAUGAUAAUGCAAAUGAAAAUACAACAGAAAGUGUUCAAAAAACCAUGACAACUGUUACCACGGUAACAAGCACUACUGAAACUAGUGUUACCACCGAGGAGGAGGAAUCAAAUGAUAAGAUUAUUGAAUUUGUGGAAGACAAAGGAUCUGAUAAUGUUGACUUUAAUAGAGAACUUGAUGUGAUAGAAGUUGAGAGGAAGUUUGUCAUACCUGAUAAUUGUGAAGCGAAACUUGAAGAAAUUGGUGCUAAAUUGCUGAAGGAACACACCUUCAAUGAUGUUUAUUUUGAUAACAACACGUAUGCUUUAACUCUAGCUGACCAUUGGUUAAGGAAGCGCAAUGGAUCUUGGGAGUUAAAAUGUCCGCCCGAGCAACGAGAAGACAGUACUACAUCUCAACAAUACCGUGAAAUCUCAGAAGAGCCCAAAAUUCUUGAAAAAUUAAAAAGCGUGAUUACAUCGGAAGCGUCAACGAUCAGUGAUUUUCUUGGAGUUACAAAAUGUGAAGGAUUUGCAGACUUCAAUACAACUCGUAAAUCCUUUUCAUUGGAUAACUACAGUAUCGACCUGGAUUUAACAAACUGGGGCUUUAAGGUUGGAGAAAUUGAAACAAUUGUCGUCAAUAGUGACAGGGUCUCAGAAGCACUCGCAGGAAUUGAUUCUAUUGCAGACCGUUUGGGGUUUCAUCCAAUGGGAAGUCAGGAGAUGGUAGCUCUUGCAUAGAUGGCGCUGAAUCAGUGCAAGGUAUCAAAACAGGAGAGAGAAUUCCUGGAAAAAUCCCUACAUAUUUAAGAUUAAACAGACAUAAACAUUAUCUAGCAUUAGUGGAGGGGAUCAUAUAGAAAUCAUAAACACAUGCUUUGAUAUAUCAGCUUCAACUAUAAAGGACAUUUAUGAAUGUAGGACUUUCAAAUACCCAUAUUUAAGGACUUUAACAAUUUGUAAAUUAAAACAUGGAAAGAAUCUUCAUAAUACAUUUACAUAACUAACUACAUGUUUUGAUAUAAGGUCAUUAUACAGCUCUACUAUAUACAGCUGUAUUUUUUACUGGAUACAACUGUUUCUGUAUAAGACUAUUUAACCGUACCAUUAAGGCCCCCUCACAUAUGAACG